CAGAAAUUUUAACAAAUGAUAUAUCUACAUUACACACAGUUCUUUUUUAACUUUAACAUUUUCUGUGUUUUUGUUUUUCCAGAUAAGCCAAACAUGGAAGAUUUACGCAUGACAAAGGGCAAGAAAAUGCGCAAACCGCGCACCAUUUACUCGAGCUUACAGCUCCAGCAGCUAAACCGGCGGUUCCAGCGAACCCAGUAUCUUGCUUUGCCGGAGAGAGCCGAACUUGCUGCGUCACUAGGUCUCACACAGACACAGGUGAAAAUAUGGUUCCAAAACAGAAGGUCAAAGUACAAGAAAAUCAUGAAGCAAAGUCCAGGUACCACACCCAGUCAAAUGUCAAUAGGUAAUCCAGGAUCUGUGACCCCUCAGCCACAACAGCCGCCACAAGCAUCCCCACCACCUCCCCCACAUUCUGCCGAUAUCCCAACAUCUCAACACGGUCAAGGGGGUCAUCAACAACAGCAGCAACAACAUAACAACAACAACAGUGUACCAAAUGGACAUCACCAUUCUAUGAUGCCCCCACAAUCGUCUUCUGUUAGUCCACAACCUGAGAUGAAAUGGUCGGAAAUAAACAACAUGAACCCCUCGUCCGCCGGCAAUGCAUACAUGUCCGGUAUGCCACCAAUGUCUGCGAUGGCACCACAUCAUUACUCCUGGUAUUCUCAACCGCAUCAACAAUCUCUUUUAACUUAACUCUAGCUCAUCUAAAGACAAUAUAGAUUAUCUUUUGUUUUGUUUAUUGUUUCUAUUUCAAAAAAGAGCUACAGGUAAAGCUCUUGCCCCAGUGACAAAAAAAAACUAGCUUUCUGGAAAGUUAACCACGCAAGCUUAUUUUGAUAAAUUGGACAGAAGACAGAAGAUGGGGAAUUAAAAGCAGGAUGCUUAUAAUUCAAACUAGUCGAGUGCUUUAAGUUGAACGCACUAGAUAGCAAUGCUGUUGAGUUGAUUUUUUAUAAACGCCGUGUUAGUGCUAUUGUAAUCGUCGACACAUUGGACUAUGGAGGAGCUAGUUUGAACUAUUGUCCCGAAAUGGCACCCAAAACAUUUGAACAUAUAUUCAAAUGGAUCGCCAAAAUAAACUUCUCCAAAAUUGCUUUUAAGCAUUACACAAAUUAAUACCUGUCUCUAGUUGGGGAACAUGCUGUAUUAGAAAUGCUCAAAUAUUUGUUAUAAUAGACGCACAUGGACGUGCACAUAUGUGACGCUGAUGACAUUUAAUGCUGUCCUUUACUGGCAUGCUGGCGGGGAGUUGGUGUGAAUGAUUAAAUAGUAGAAAGACAAAAAACUCUAAUGGAAAAAUAGAGAGGCAAUAAGGAAGUGGCCUCGGUUUUAUGGAACAAAGUCUGAUAUAGUGUACACUCAGGGCUUUGAGAAAAAGCACUAAUAAUAUGAUUGAAACUGUGUGUGAAUUGAUGACAGCUUACUGCCAAUAAAAUUAAUCGUUUAUUAAAAAAAUCAAAUUUAUAUGUGUAUAUAUUUAUUGCAAUUUUAUUUUAAAUGUUUUUAUGUUGUAACGUUACAUCAGAUUUACGUAUUAAUAUAAACUUUUAUCUUUAUUGAACAAUCUAAAUCUCAAAUAUGUUCUGUGUAAAUUGUGUACGAACUAUUCUGUUAAUUUGUUGUCUAAAUUUUGUUUCUGUCAGUUGAUAAGAAAUAUUUCUGUUCUUGUAUCCCGUUGAUUUUUCAAGUUCGAUUUUGUGAAGUGUCAGAAUUUGAUUAACAUCAUAAACAUGAAUUUUGCAUAUGAUAAAUUUACCACGUUUGAAAGCUAAUAUUAUUGCAUACUGACGGGAAUUUUUCAAUUUGACACUCAUAAGUUGGAAUUUUUUUACUUGAAAUUAUAUGUUGCAAGUUCUUGCGAAAUGCCAGUGAAACUCUGGAAAUCAUUUGAUAUUUUCUUGUUUUUAUUCUGAUAUUUGACAUUAAACAGAAAUUUUCAUCUUUUUUUUUUUCGUAAGAAGUAUUUCUUUGCAGUGUCCUCAAAUGGACGUUGAUUUAUAUUGAUAUUUUUACAAUCAUUUUAUAUAUGCAGUGCUUAACAUGUUAAUAUGUUGGUUUGUCCAUAAAGUAAUGAUAAUUCGGCUGGUUUGACCAAUCAGAAAGAGAAUAAAUAAGUACAUAGAAUAUGAGAUGAAAAAAAUGUAACAAAGUUGAAAGAAAGAACGGAACUAAAAUAUAGAAUGAAAUGACCAAUGUAAGGUUUAACGAAGUUCAAUUAUAUAUGUUGUGAAACAUUGCUUUUAUAAAAGACUAUCUCAUUUUCGAAACGAAAAAUUAAUAAUUGAAAUACUGAUAAUAUUUGUUUUUGUAAUUAAAGAGUAUUUUUGAUAAAAAAUAUAAAAAAACCCUAUAAUUCUUGGAAAAAUAAAAGAUGAACGUUUUGAAAAAAGGUAAACUUCUUGAAAAAAAUUAAAGAUGCACUUUUUAAAAAUAUAAAAGAUGUACCGUUAAAAGGGAUUUUUUAUGUUUUACUAUGUCUUUUACAAAGCAACUCAAUUUCACCUAAGUCUUUUUCUGCCAUGCUUCAAAUCAGCCGCCGUUAUCAUUCAAUUAAAUAACUUUUCCCAGUUCACUUACAUGUUUAGAUUAUUAUAUUUUUAUUUACAUACAUUUUGUUCUUCUCUGUUUUUCAUUGUAAGUUAUAUUAUUAUAAACAUGUUCAAAGUUGUGGUGAAACCACUACGCAUUUAAUUUGUAGUUAAAAUGAGAUUAAAGUUGGAUCUUAUA